AUGGUGUGGAACGCAGUUAUUUUCGGACCAGCAGAUACACCAUUCGAAGACGGGACGUUCAAGCUCGUGCUUACUUUCGAGGAAAGCUACCCCAACAAGCCUCCGCACGUCAAGUUUCUCUCACGAAUGUUCCACCCAAACGUCUACGGAACAGGAGAACUCUGUCUUGAUAUUCUCCAGAACCGCUGGAGCCCGACGUACGAUGUCAGCGCAAUCCUGACGAGCAUCCAGAGCCUUUUACACGACCCAAACCCAAACAGUCCCGCUAAUGCCGAGGCUGCCGCUUUGUAUCGCGACAACAUGAAGGAAUACGUUCGCCGCGUCAAACUCACAGUUGAAGAAAGCUGGCUCGAUCCUCAAGAGGAAGCGAGCGCCAAAGAGGAUACACAGGAGUCUGCUGCUCCUGCAGCCGUCGCGAGUGCUUAG